AUGAAGGGACAGCAUUUUAAAACACCAUGGAGUCUUCAAAGCAACCCUGAAGAUGAGAAUGAUGAGAAUUUCAUACCGUUUGUAACGCGUUCGAAGACAGUCAGCAGGUAUGAUGCAGAAGCUGGAAGCAGACUGCAAAAUCCAGCCAUUGUGAGGAACUGGGCUUGUGCGAUGGAUCAUGUGCAUCCACUCCAGCACGCAGGCCCUCAUUGGAUGGAAUUGUAUGAAGAGGCUUCUCCGAGAUUGCUCAGUAGUCAGACUGCCCAAAGACCAAACGUGAAACAGGACAUCAGAUGUUCUGCUUCUGGCCUGUGUUUGGAGAGGCUGCCUUCACCAAGAGAACUGUAUGGCAGGAGGAAAAGGAGGAGGAGGGAAGCUGGUGAGAGACGUGUCAUGGCGGUCAUCUGUCACCUGGAAGAGCUGAAGAGGAGACAGAAAGGGAUUGAUCAACUGAAAGCUCAGAGAUGGGGUGCGAACAGAUCCCAGCGCUUGACACAGGACAAUGAGGAGCUGGAGAAGAUCAAUCCAGGACAACAAUCUACAGACAGCACCGGGAUAGCAGACUUCAUAAACAACACUGAUCUGGAAGACAGAGAGUUGUUUUUCCAGCCGCGAUGGAAUUUUGUGGUUGAGGACCCGCACCCGACUCCAUGGGCCAACCCGUUCCUGUCCUGUGAGAGGGCAGAGGCUGAAGAGAAGCAGCCACCAGCCAGCUUCCUGAUGGAGCUGGUUUAG